ACUCACACCAUUCUUUAUCUACAACCGGAAUCACGAUAUAAAUUGGGGUACAAUUUUUAUUCACGGAGCCCUCGUUCUCGGAGUCUCUCUCACAAUUUUCUCCUCUUCCGCGUAUCUGUAGAUAGUUCUCUCUACUCCACGUUAAGUCCACAAAAUGGCCAAUGCAGCAUCUGGGAUGGCAGUGCAUGACGAUUGCAAGUUAAGGUUUUUGGAACUAAAGGCAAAAAGAACUUACCGCUUCAUAGUUUUCAAGAUAGAGGAGAAGCAGAAGCAAGUUGUCGUGGAAAAGGUUGGUGAACCGGCCCAAAGCUAUGAGGAUUUCACUGCCAGUCUUCCUGCUGACGAAUGUCGAUAUGCUGUCUAUGAUUUUGAUUUCGUGACUGCGGAGAAUUGCCAGAAAAGCAGGAUUUUCUUCAUUGCAUGGUCUCCUGAUACAUCAAGGGUCAGAAGCAAGAUGAUUUAUGCUAGCUCCAAGGACAGAUUCAAAAGAGAGCUAGAUGGAAUCCAGGUAGAACUGCAAGCUACCGAUCCAACUGAGAUGGGCCUUGACGUUAUCAGAAGCCGUGCUUGUUAAAUAUGGUUGCCUAUGCAUUGUGAAUUUGCAAUAGGGUAUUCCUUGAUGCGAUCUUAUGGGAGUGAAAUGUUUAUAGUCUGUGGGAUGGAGAACCUGUUUAGAUAUCAUAUUUGAUAAGCAGGUGCUACCAUACAGUGUUCUAUUACUUUGAAUGACAUUUGCGGUUUAUGGUAUAUCUUGUGAUUUGAUAUCUGUAGAACCUAUGCAUUGAGCGGCUUACUUGUAGUCUGACGUCUACAAGCUAAUACGUAACAGUUUGUGGGGGAGUAAAUGGUGCCUUUAGAUUUUGUUUUUCCUUUUUCUUUUUCUUUGUUAAAAAUAAAUGGAUAUUUGACCCUCUUA